AUGGUAUCUGCAUUUGCAUCUCAAAAUUUGAUUUUGAUGAUGGCUGCACUUCUUCAGCUUUUUCUAGUUUUCAAUAUUCUCCUCCUCUUUGGGAGUAGCUCUUUGACGAUGAUGAUCGUAGUAGGCAACAAUGAGACAGAUCGAUUUGCUUUGCUGGAGUUGAAGAAACAAAUUUAUGAUGAUCCGUAUGGAGCACUCAAUUCUUGGAACGAUUCCAUCCAUUUCUGCAAUUGGGUUAGGAUCACAUGUGGUCAUCGUCAUCGACAACGGGUUAUCAGCCUGGAUUUACAAGGGAAAAGCUUGGGACGUAACAUUUCUCCUUCCAUAGGAAAUCUCACUUUUCUUCAUUCCCUCGACAUUGGAAACAAUAGCUUCCAUGGCAAAAUCCCACAAGAGAUCGGAAAUCUGAUUCGACUACAGUACAUUGUUUUUCAAAACAACACUCUCCAAGGAGAACUUCCUACCAGCUUGGCCAACUGCACUCGUCUAAGAGAAAUUCGCUUCUCCCUUAACAGUCUGGUUGGGAAGAUUCCGGGGGAACUAUUUACAUCUUUGUCAAAGCUGGAGGUAAUUUCUAUUAAUUAUAAUGGUUUAACUGGAGAACUACCAGCAACUUUUGGGAACAUUUCUUCCAUCCGACGUAUCUCUUCGAGUGAUAAUGAACUGCAAGGGAGCAUUCCAGAAACCUUUGGUCAGCUAACAAACUUAUUCUUUCUAGCACUUGCUCUAAACAAGUUAUGUGGAACCAUUCCUGAAAAUCUAACUCGUUUGAAGGGGCUUCAAGAUUUAGAUCUCUCACACAACAACUUUUCAGGGCAAAUCCCUAAAGAACUAGAAAAGCUUUCAGCAUUGCAAAGUUUGAAUUUAUCCUUCAAUAAUCUUGAAGGGGGGGUACCAACAAAAGGAAUCUUCAAAAAUGCAAGCGCAAUUUUCGCGAAUGGAAAUGGUAAGCUUUGUGGUGGAAUUGUGGAGUUACAUCUGCCUGCAUGUACAAACCAUGGAUCUACGAAACGAGAAAAGUUCAAUGCUUUUAGAAUAGUUUUGGGGAUAAUUGGUGUGGUUCUUGGUUUUAUAUUGAUAUCUUCCUUUCUUAUUCUCUAUUGGAGAAGAAGAUCGAAAAGUAAACCUCCAUCCACCACAUUAAUCGGUGAACGUUUCUUAAAACUUUCUUACAAAGAUCUCUUCCAAACUACUGGAGGAUUUUCUUCAGCUAAUUUCAUAGGCUCCGGUAGUUUUGGCUCUGUAUACAAAGGUGUUAUCAACCAAGAUGAAACAAUAGUUGCAGUCAAGGUACUCAACCUUCAAAUUCCAAGAGUUGAAAAGAGUUUUAUGGCUGAAUGCAAAGCAUUAAGAAACAUUCAGCAUCGAAAUCUUGUCAAGAUUUUGACUUCUUGUUCAAGUAUUGAUUUAAAAGGAAAAGAUUUCAAAGCCCUUGUUUAUGAGUUCAUGCCCAAUGGGAGUCUAGUUGAUUGGUUGCAUCUUCCGAUGGAGGCACAUAAUCAUUCAAGAAAUUUAAACCUUCUUCAAAGAUUAAACAUCGCAAUUGAUGUGGCUUCUGCUUUGGAUUACCUUCAUUAUAAUUGUUAUGCGCCAAUUGUUCAGUGUGACUUGAAGCCAACUAAUGUUCUACUUGAUAGAGAUAUGACUGCACAUGUCAGUGAUUUUGGUUUGACGAGGCUACUUUUAGAACAUGAUGACAAUUCAUCCGAGACUCAAACUAGUACCAUUGGGAUAAGAGGAUCUAUUGGCUAUGCUGCUCCAGAAUAUGGAAUGGGUGGAAGGGCAACUAUACAAGGGGACGUGUUUAGCUAUGGGAUCCUUUUAUUGGAGAUGUUCACAGGAAAAAGGCCAACAGAUCAGAUGUUUACGGAUGACUUAAAUCUCCAUAAUUUUGCAAAAGUAGCUUUACCCGUACAUGUGAUGCAAAUUUUAGAUCCAACAUUCCUACCCAGGGAAGAAAAAAGUGAAGAAAUUGAAAAGAUUGCUACCAAUAGGAUUGAAGGUCCUAGUCAUAGGACAGAUCAAUUGCAAGAUUGCAUAACGUCAAUAAUUGAAAUUGCAAUCUAG